AACUUGCCCGCGACAAUUGGCCGACAGUAAGCCCCGCCCCUUCUCCCAUUCAGCAGCCAUCAGGACUGGAGAAAGAGAGCGGUUGUGUAGAUUUAAAGUGAGCAUAAGCCGUUACAGCCAACAGUGAAGAACGAGACUGGUACGGCGAUCGGUAAAGCUUAUUUUUUCAUCAUGAGACAAACUCAAAAGCCCUCCUCUCGCAGGAAGACUAAGACUCCACAAAAGAGGACUGAGGAAUCGACGCCACCACCACCAAAGAAGCCUAGAACGUCAGCGCCACCAAAGGAACCUGUAGCAUCGACUUCACGGGAGAAUCCUGGACCGUCUCCUCGGUUUGCGCGUGCUACUGAAAGACCAGAAACCAGUCGCAGGGAGAGCACACAAGCAACAAGACGCUAUCGCCCAGGUAACAGAGCACUGAUGGAAAUAAGAAAGUUCCAAAAAACCACCGAUCUGCUCAUCCGGAAAGCUCCAUUUGCCAGGCUGGUUAGAGAAAUUUGCCUGGAGUAUACCCGUGGUGUGCCAUUCCUCUGGCAAAGCAUGGCACUUAUGGCUUUACAAGAGGCAUCUGAGGCUUUCCUUACGCGUCUGUUUCAAGAUUCCUACCUCUGCAGUAUCCAUGCAAAGAGGGUCACUCUCCAUAAGGAGGAUAUACAGCUUGCAAGAAGAAUCCGGGGCAUCCAGGAAGGACUUGGAUAAUGCUUUUUGAACAAGUUAUGUUUUAUUAAAAUUUUAUAGACUUUAAUGUUAACAGGGAUGUUUUCUUGCAAAGUUAGGAAUUUUGGCUUUAGUGCCUCCUCCGGAAGGUAGUUACAUUGAAGAUCUGUGACACCUUGCAGCGUUUCUCUAAGCAUUUAAUGGCCUUCUUGCCUCAUGUUAUUACCCCAAAUAUUCAGUCUUAAAACAUUCAUACUUUUUAUCUCUUCAUUUUAUCUGAACAUUGUUGUAUUAUAUAAUAUUAUUAAAGGAAUUUAUGGUUU